CGCGCGUCGUGAUUCGGCGUUCGCGGCGGCGCCUUAUGUAAAUGAGCGGAUUGUGAGCGCGCGCUCCUAUUGGCCAUGGCGCGAGGACGCGUGUGAGCCAAUGAGCGCGUCAGGCGGACAAUCGGGGCCGUGUCUAUAAAUGGAAGAGGCGGCGGCGCCGUGGUCCAGUUUCCUAUUUGCGCGAGCGUGUGAGUUUGCGUCUUCCGUCAUGUCUGGCCGCGGUAAGCAAGGAGGCAAGGCCCGCGCCAAGGCCAAGUCGCGGUCGUCCCGCGCCGGCCUGCAGUUCCCGGUGGGGCGCGUGCACCGGCUGCUGCGCAAGGGCAACUACGCGGAGCGCGUGGGUGCGGGCGCGCCCGUGUACAUGGCGGCCGUGCUGGAGUACCUGACGGCCGAGAUCCUGGAGCUGGCGGGCAACGCGGCCCGCGACAACAAGAAGACGCGCAUCAUCCCGCGUCACCUGCAGCUGGCCAUCCGCAACGACGAGGAGCUCAACAAGCUGUUGGGCAAAGUGACGAUCGCGCAGGGCGGCGUCCUGCCCAACAUCCAGGCCGUGCUGCUGCCCAAGAAGACCGAGAGCCACCACAAGGCGAAGGGCAAGUGAGGCCGCUGCCCGCGCCGUGGCGGCUCGCGUCCCGGGGGCGCCCGCGAACUCAAAGGCUCUUUUCAGAGCCACCCACUCCUUCAGAUUAAAGAGUUGUGUCACGGUAGCCGGUGUCGUGGCCUUUGGCGGCCCGUUCCCAAAGUAUAGGAUGUCGCGCGGGCCACUCGCUUUAUGCGUCCACAGCGCCUUUCCCACUGUCCGAGGUCCCUCAGGUGGGCGACUGUGCGGUCGCUCUUGGUGGUCCUGGCCCGGGGUGGACACCGCACUGUUGCAAGCACUUGGCGCCAUUUGUGGGUCCUACACAUCCAUCCUGCGAAACUCUUGUCCCGCGCGCUGCUUCCCGCCCCAGUCUCCCGAACGCUUCCUGCCCCUCCCCCGGGCUUGGGACUCAACCCCGACGUCGAGCCCAGGGCAGGCGCAAAGCACAACUAGCCCCGCUGUCUCCCGAUGCCCCGGCAAAGUCUAGAAGGGGACGUCUCGGGACGACGGGGC